AUGGAAAUUCGGGAGAUCGAUGAUCGAAAGGAGGUGUGCUUGCUCUUAACACAAUGGAGGGACUUGGGACCAGGCUUGGACCCUGAAGAUGAUCUGUGGAGAAGCCAGGCAGACAGGGUUCUUCCGAUAACAUUGAAAGCCAGUGAUAUGGUGGAAGAUCCACGCAUGCGCUUUGAGGAGCAAUUCGAUGGAGCGGGGAGUAAUUCUUCUCAAUUUCUCUCGGAGGAGCAGAUGUUUGGGCGGAACCUGUCUUUUUUGCGAGGUCAGCGUUAUCGGGCUGUUAUGAGGAGAUGCGGAGACUGGUGGUAUCUUCAGGAAGAGCCUAAGGUCAAGAAAUCCCAAUGUAUCGUCAAUUGA